GAGGUGUUUUCUCCAAAGCCGUCUCAGAGGAUGCGUACUGUUGAGGGGCCUGGUUCAGACUAAAACAGUCUUUUUGAAGUUAGGUUAAAGUCACACACAAAAAAUUGUACUAGGGACUUGAAGAAGAAUUUUGUUAUGUGACUUGAAGAACUGGUUGACUGAUAGUUUCACACUUUGCAGAACGGCAACCAGUGACAGAUGAGGGUGUUUGUGAACCGAAGUUUAGCCAUGGAAAAAAUAAAGUGUUUUGGUUUUGAUAUGGAUUAUACACUUGCUGGAGAGCCAGUGUAACUCCUUCAAGACUGGAGUGACACUCUGCAUCUGCGUCUGCCUCGUGUGAGUUCUCAUUUUGGCAGCAGCACUCUGCUAGGCUGGAACCUCUGUCGAGUGUACAAGUCCCCGGAGUAUGAGUCCCUUGGCUUUGAGCUUACUGUGGAGAGAUUAGUUUCUAUUGGCUAUCCUCAGGAGCUGCUCAGCUUUGCUUACGAUUCUACAUUCCCUACCAGGGGACUUGUCUUUGACACACUAUAUGGAAAUCUUUUGAAAGUUGAUGCCUAUGGAAAUCUCUUGGUCUGUGCACAUGGAUUUAACUUCAUAAGGGGACCAGAAACUAGAGAGCAGUACCCAAAUAAAUUUAUCCAACGAGAUGACACUGAAAGAUUUUACAUUCUGAACACACUGUUCAACCUACCAGAGACCUACCUGUUGGCCUGCCUAGUAGAUUUUUUUACUAAUUGUCCCAGAUACACCAGCUGUGAAACAGGAUUUAAAGAUGGGGACCUCUUCAUGUCUUACCGGAGUAUGUUUCAGGAUGUAAGAGAUGCUGUUGACUGGGUUCAUUACAAGGGCUCUCUUAAGGAAAAGACACUCGAAAAUCUUGAGAAGUAUGUAGUCAAAGAUGGAAAACUGCCUUUGCUUCUGAGCCGGAUGAAAGAAGUAGGGAAAGUGUUUCUUGCCACCAACAGCGACUAUAAAUAUACAGAUAAAAUUAUGACUUACCUGUUUGAUUUUCCACAUGGCCCCAAGCCUGGGAGCUCCCAUCGACCAUGGCAGUCCUACUUUGACCUGAUCUUGGUGGAUGCACGGAAACCACUCUUUUUUGGAGAAGGCACUGUACUGCGUCAGGUGGAUACUAAAACUGGCAAGCUGAAAAUUGGUACCUACACAGGCCCCUUACAGCAUGGCAUAGUCUACUCAGGAGGUUCAUCUGAUACAAUCUGUGAUCUGUUGGGAGCCAAGGGCAAGGACAUUCUGUAUAUUGGAGAUCACAUUUUUGGGGACAUUCUAAAAUCAAAGAAACGACAAGGGUGGCGAACUUUCUUGGUCAUUCCUGAACUUGCACAGGAGCUGCAUGUCUGGACUGAUAAGAGUUCCCUUUUCGAAGAACUUCAGAGCUUGGAUGUUUUCUUGGCUGAACUCUACAAGCACCUUGACAGCAGCAGCAAUGAGCGCCCAGACAUUAGCUCCAUCCAGAGACGUAUUAAGAAAGUAACUCAUGACAUGGACAUGUGCUAUGGGAUGAUGGGAAGCCUGUUUCGCAGUGGCUCCCGGCAGACCCUCUUUGCCAGUCAGGUGAUGCGUUAUGCUGAUCUCUAUGCAGCAUCUUUCAUCAAUCUGCUGUAUUACCCAUUCAGCUACCUCUUCAGAGCUGCCCACGUCUUGAUGCCUCAUGAAUCAACGGUGGAGCACAUACACGUAGAUAUCAAUGAGAUGGAGUCCCCCCUUGCCACCCGGAACCGCACAUCAGUGGAUUUCAAAGACACCGACUACAAGCGGCACCAGUUGACACGGUCAAUUAGUGAGAUUAAACCUCCCAACCUCUUCCCACUGGCCCCCCAGGAAAUUACACACUGCCAUGAUGAAGAUGAUGAUGAGGAGGAGGAGGAGGAAGAGGAGGAGGAAGAAUAAGGAGGAAAACCAAAACUCUGAGCGCCCAUUAAACAAGUUCACGGGACUCUCAGGAGCAAAGGAUGUUCUUCUGUGGGUUCUCGUUGGGGGGGAGCUCCAUCAAAGGUAUAUCUGGAAAGGUUCUGAAGACUUUAAAUAUUCUAAUCAUAGGGACAUACUUGUAUUAGUUUUGUGUGUCUGCACUCUUUGCAGAUGGUUCAAAAUAGUAAUGGAGUCUGUAUUGGAAGUGAGGGUAAACCCAGGCUGAACUGCAUGCAGAUGGCUCCAUCGUGGCUUGUGACACUGUUUCCUUGUCUUAUUUCAUCAUCAUUAUGUUGUAGUGUAUCUCGAUACACUAAGGGUGGUGAAGGGUCUCAGAGUAAAGCAAGGAGGACGAUGGGAAGAGGUCAUCCAAAAACACUGUUAUGUCACAAAUUGUGCUCUUACUCCAAAAUUCAUCUUUUUCAGUGCAUUACACAGUAUUGUAUAUCCGUGGCGAAAUAUAUUGUUUCCAUUAUUAAAUGUAGUCUUCUGUUAAGGUCCAGGUUCCUUUUACAAGCCUUUAAGUGUCCUCAGUAAUUCUGGUAAGGCUGCUGUCUGUCAGUGGCUUUGCAGAAGUGUUCUCUACUUGCUGUAGGGCUGGUCUAAAAUGGACUGCAACAAUUUCAUUUUGAGGUAGAAGUCUUCAUCCUUUUCUACAGUUUUUUGAUUAAUAGCGAAAAUGUUUAUGUUAUCCAAACACAUAAUCUUUUUUUCAUCUGGGAUAAAUCCAAAGGCAGAAUUUAGCUGAAAGAGGACAAAGGAGCAAGCCCCCCCCCCCCCCAAAAAGAAAAAGGGGAACCUUCUUCUAUUACAGCAUAAUGAGUAAAAUUCAUUAGUAGGGACUAUGUUGUGUUGCUCAUGCCAACCCAUUCCAGCCUUCUCUAUCCUGUAGGGUUGACUGCUGUAUUUCAGAGUGAGCAUUAGAGGGUAGGAAGAGGGCUCUGUAAGCCAGAACCUUUCUAUGAAGCAGAGGGCACAAUCCAUGUGAAUAAAUUCACUUCAGAAUCCCAAGUGAAACCACUUCUUGUCGUUUUGAGCAAGAAUGGAUCAUUACUGUAUACUUUAGGGUAUUACCAGUACAGUGAAAGUUGUUAAAACAUUUUUAACAGUGGUGUACACUCUUACUUUAAACUUCAUAGAUUUCUUCAUUCUUAUUGUUAUUGGUCAACACAGGAGGGUAGAUUAGCUGCUCUAGAAUUCAAUAAAGUAUAAUAUUUAUAAUA